UUCCCCGCCCCUUGGAUUUCGUUUUAGACCUCUCCCAGUCCUCGGGGACUCGGUCUGGUUUAUACUGGGUCGCGCUAGGGGCAGCGGGACCGGCCCGGGUGGAGGGAGUUUUAACUCCUUGGAUUCUAAUUUCUCCCUCGUUACUCCUCUUCUCUUUUCUCGUUUGGGCAUUCAGGACUUCCAUCUUCCAGGCCUUGACUCUCUCCCCAGCUGCCUCCUCCUGUCCCAUAACCCCUUUGGGUCCCUUGCCGCACUUCGGGUCCCUAUGGCAGCGAGCAGCUGAGGGUUAAGGGGGCGGGACCGUUGCAUUUUUGGGGAGUGAGCGCAUCCUAGCGGCUGCCAAGAGGGGCGCCUAGCAGGGACCUCGCAAAGCCCCCUAACUGGGGCAACAGACAGGUGAAGUAAAAAGAGAAAACUAAGAAAUCAGCGCGGCCGGAGGGGCGCUGUGUGGAUGGGAUGGGGACGCCAGGGGAGGGGCUGGGCCGCUGCUCCCAUGCCCUGAUCCGGGGGGUCCCUGAGAGCCUGGCUUCGGGGGAGGGUGCGGGGGCUGGCUUCCCGGCUCUGGACCUGGCUAAAGCUCAGAGGGAGCACGGGGUACUUGGGGGUAAACUGAGGCAGCGGUUGGGGCUGCAGCUGCUAGAACUGCCUCCUGAAGAGUCGCUGCCGCUGGGACCGCUCCUCGGUGACACCGCCGUGAUCCAAGGGGACACGGCCCUAAUUACGCGUCCCUGGAGCCCCUCCCGCAGGCCGGAGGUCGAUGGAGUCCGCAAAGCCCUUCAGGAUCUUGGGCUCCGGAUUGUGGAGAUGGGGGAUGAGAACGCGACGUUGGAUGGCACUGAUGUUCUCUUUACGGGCCGGGAGUUUUUCGUAGGCCUCUCCAAGUGGACCAAUCACCGAGGAGCUGAGAUCGUGGCAGACACGUUCCGAGACUUCGCUGUCUCCACAGUGCCGGUCUCGAGCUCCUCCCACCUGCGCGGCCUUUGCGGCAUGGGGGGACCCCGCACUGUCGUGGCUGGUAGCAGCGAGGCUGCCCAAAAGGCUGUCAGGGCGAUGGCAGUGUUGACAGACCAUCCCUAUGCGUCCCUGACUCUCCCAGAUGAUGCAGCUGCUGACUGUCUCUUUUUGCGACCUGGGCUACCUGGUGUGCCCCCUUUUCUCCUGCACCGCGGAGGCGGGGACCUGCCCAAUAGCCAGGAGGCAUUGCAGAAGCUCUCUGAUGUCACCCUGGUACCUGUGUCCUGCUCAGAACUGGAGAAGGCAGGCGCUGGGCUCAGCUCCCUCUGCCUGGUGCUCAGCACGCGUCCCCACAGCUGAGCUCCUGGCCAUAGGGUUCUGGCUGGCUAAUGUUUGGGCAGCAUAGGGAGUAGAAGUGGAAGGAGGCUUAGACAGAGGACGGUGAAUAGGUAUAGUAGUGGGGAGAGGGCCCCAAGAUGGGGGGGAGGGCUUAGUGUGGGAAAAAUGAUAGAGUCCCCUGGGUGAGUCCUCUUCCUCGGAACUAAUAAAACAGAACUGACCUUUUA